AUGUCACUUUAGACGCCGGCGCCGACUGUUGACUGUUUAGCAGUAAGGAAGAUGGCGUCGGCCAAGGUGAAGCAGGACAUGCCUCCUCCGGGAGGUUAUGGACCCGUUCAGUAUAAGAGAAAUCUGCCCACUCGAGGGCUCUCUGGUUAUUCCAUGUUCGGUAUUGGCAUCGGGGUUAUGAUUUUUGGAUACUGGAGGAUUGUGAAGUGGAACCGCGAGAGGAGGAGGUUGCUAAUCGAGGACCUGGAGGCUCGCAUAGCCCUCUUGCCACUUUUGCAGGCAGAAUCGGAUCGCAGGACACUUCGACUGAUGCGUGAGAAUCUGGAGGAGGAGGCGGUCAUCAUGAAGGAUGUUCCUGGCUGGAAGGUGGGGGAGAACAUGUUCCACACGGACCGCUGGGUGAGCCCCACCCUGGACGAGCUGUACAACCUGCGGCUGCGCGAGGAGCUCAUACAGAAGAAGUUCGACUUCCUCAAGUACAUGUAACCACCUCACGAUCCUCGGACAAGCCCUCUGCUGCCCCUCUGAGGCCAGGGCAACACCCGCACCCCCCACCUCCACCCCCGGGAUCCAUUGACCCACGAGGGCAGAGGCGUUGUCUGUACUGACUGUAAAUGUAUCAAAUAUUAAAUAUCCUCUUUUUUUUUCUCUA